AUGUCUGCCCGAUGCGUCGUCUUGUGUUGUGUCACACUGUGCUGUGUUGUUUGGGGACAUUCAGAGAAACGAGCAGCUCUGGUGUCGCUACAUGAUGCCCUGUUUGGCCGAACAAACAAAACUAUUCCUCCCUUCGUUGACAAUAGCUCCACGGUUGAUGUGCAGGUAACGUUUGAGCCGGUCGCCAUCAUUGAUCUGGAUUCGGCAAGCCAGGUACUGACCGUACUCGCCUACUUUGAACUACGGUGGAAGGAUAUGGACCUCGCUUGGAACAUUUCCCAGUACUAUGAUAAUGACCGCAUUGAAGUAGAGCCUGACAAUGUGUGGACCCCCAGUAUAAUAUUAUCAAACAGCAUAGAUAGUCAUGAGCCAGUCGCCAGCAGAAAUGUUUUUGUUUCAUGGCAAGGGUUCAUGUCGUGGCAGCUCCCCGGCACCUUCCGGACAUCGUGUAAAAUAGACGUGUUUCGAUACCCUUUUGAUAAACAAACCUGUCUCGUCCUCAUCAUGCCAACAUUCGGAUACAAAAUCAAUUUUACGAUAGACGCCGUAAAUUUACAAAAUGUGAAAGACCUGACCGUUCAGAAUGGGGAGUGGAAUUACCUACACACGAAUUCCCAGCUAGUACCGGUGGAGUCUGGGGGCGUGAAUGCAGCACAGUUCAUAAUAACAUUAGAAAGAAGGCCGACCUACUACUUGAUCAACAUCAUCUUCCCCAUGGUGCUUAUGUCCCUCCUGAACCCAUGUGUGUUCCUCAUUCCCGCCAGGUCGGGGGAGAAGCUUGGCUUCCUCAUGGCUGUGUUUGUCUCUCACGCUGUGUUCCUCAACCUCAUUCAACAAACCAUGCCCCCCACCUCCGACUCCGUCUCCUUGCUGGCUCUGUUCCUGGCUUUACUGGAGGUGCAGGGCUUCCUCACCAUCCUCGCAUCCAUCGUGGUCCUCGGCGUGCAUCACCGGAAGGAGAAGGCUGAAGAAACGGCUGCAAAACACCAGACGAAGGGUGUUGAAUUGGUUGAGGUGAAACAUGGAAGGCGAUUCAGGGGGUGUGCCAUUAAUAUUGUGAAGCUGUUUGACGAGUAUCUCUGA